AUUUGUUGCUAUCGAAAAUCACUAUCGUAUCGAAGGUGUGGUUCUUGUGGAGAUCGAGAAGACGUUGCAAUUUUGCUCAAAAUGGGGGGAUCUGUGUCAAGAUCAGAUUUUGCAUGGGUUUAUACCGAUGAACCACAUUUCACAAGAAGGAAAGAAAUGCUGAAAAAAUAUCCCGAGAUCAAGAGGCUUAUGGGUUAUGACACUAACAUUGCGAACAUCAUGCUUGCCAUGGUCCUGGUUCAAGUAAUCACAUCUUACCUCCUCCGCAACGAAUCGUGGAUGACCAUUGUCAUCGUAGGCUACUGCUUUGGAGGGGUGGUCAAUCAUUCCAUGACCCUAGCACUUCACGAGGUUGGUCAUAACUUGGCCUAUGGGCAUGCAAGACCAAUGUGGAACAGGAUAAUAGGAUUCAUUGGUAAUCUGGUGAUUGGAGUACCUGUUUCGAUUUCUUUCAAAAGAUACCACCAGGAUCAUCAUAAGUAUCAGGGUGAAGACACUUUGGAUCCCGAUAUUCCAUCAGAAUGGGAAGGUAUUCUCUUCCGAAAGCCAUUCACUAAAGCUAUCUGGAUGCUCCUACAACCAGCUUUCUAUGCCUUUAGACCAUUUAUCAAGAGACCUAAGGUCCCCAGCAAGCUUGAGGUCAUCAACCUGAUAGUCCAGCUGGUCUUCAAUGCAGCCAUCAUCUACUUCUUCAGCCUGAAGGCUUACAUCUAUCUCAUCCUGGGGUCCAUCUUGACCAUGGGACUUCAUCCUCUAGCUGGUCACUUCAUCUCGGAGCAUUACCUCUACGAGGAAGGACACGAGACAUACUCGUACUACGGGCCUUUCAAUUACAUUGCCUUCAAUGUAGGAUACCAUAUGGAGCACCAUGACUUCCCAAACAUCCCUGGUUACAAACUUCCUCUGAUCAGAAAGAUCGCCCCAGAGUACUACGAUCCUCUUCCAACUCACGAAUCCUUUGCAAAAGUCGUUUGGGACUUUGUCAUGAGCCCCAAGAUCGGACCGUAUGCUCGCGUGAAGCGACCCAACUCGAUUGACCCCAGGUCCAUUGACCCCUGGGAUAUGCCUCAUUGAUGUACCUGUUUGUGAUUGUUUGUUGGGUGUGUCUUUCUGCAAUUGUAUCGCUAGAUUUCUACAUAAUUCAUAGAUAAUUUUGUAUAUAGAAUGAUCAGGGUUGAUCAAGUCGGGUGCUGAAUCAAGUGUAUGAUUCCUUUAAAUCCAAUCCAAUAAACUCUUUAAUUCAUAAAUGAGCAUAUUGAGGCACUUCAAGAAGCCUCCAUCCCAAAUCAAGCAUAAUUCCCAAACUCAAGCAAAAGUGCUUUGAUUGAAAAUGCGAAUUUGUAGUUGAUCUGUUUACUUAUGCAUGAAUCCGGGCAUUAUGCUAGAUUUGCGAUUUGAUCACAAGUUUCUUGCAGUGCUCGAUAAGUUUGGAAUAUUUAUUUGCAAAAAUACUGAUGUUGACAUGAAGAAGAAAAAAACAACGGGAUAGUUCGUGAAACCAUACAACUCUCUUUGCACUCUCAAUUAUUUAAACAGUUCAUGAAACUGAGUAUUGUAGAUUAUUUACAUUGACUACAUGUAAGUAGAAAGUGAAUAGAGGUGACUCUACAUGUACAUGUAAAUUCUCUUGGGUCCAAACGAAUUGUUCAACUUUGGCCAAAAUUUGUCUAAGAACACGUAAAUAAGGCAUGUUUUCAUAAUCUAGUCUGAAGUAAUGUUUAGAAUAAGGUGAUAUUUAGAUUUAUGGGAGGUCAGCUUUUGCAGAAUCUGUGUCUGAUGUCAAAUUUUCUAUAAAACUUGAAUUAUCUGGUUUUGUAUUCUUUAUAGAUUUUAAGCUUUAAAAUGCAUUGUGAAA